AUUCGUGGUCUUAGCCAAGAGCAGAAACCAGCAGCACUCUAAACUCUUUCAAUGACUACCAAAAUAGAUCUUCUUUUUUCUUCUUCUCUUCCUUCUCCUCCUCCUCCUCCUCCUCCCUUCUAAACUCCUUCAAUGACUACCAAAACAGAUCUUCCUUCUUCUUGUCCUCCUCCUCCUCAACCAUCCGGUAAAUUCAAGUAUGAUGUGUUCCUCAAUUUCAGAGGUAAAGAUACCCGCACAAAUUUCACAGACCAUCUUUAUACCGCUCUCAAGCAUAAAGGAAUAAACACAUUUAGAGAUGAUGAAGAACUUGAGAGAGGCGAAUCAAUUGGUCCAAAACUCUUGAAAGCAAUUAAAGAAUCAAGAUAUAUUAUUGUGGUUUUUUCCCAAAACUACGCCGAUUCUUCGUGGUGUUUGAAUGAGCUUGCAGAGGUCGGUGAAUGCAUGAAAGAAAUGGGACAAAAAGUCCUUCCAGUGUUCUACCAUGUUGAUCCAUCUGAGGUACGAAGACAAACAGGGGAGCACUUUGGGAAAGCAUUUGAGAAGCAUCAAAAGUGGUAUGAAGCGGAACCAGACAAAGUAAAGAGGUGGAAAGACGCUCUUGCUAAAGUGGGCAAUCUCUCUGGAUGGCAUGUGCAAAAUGGGUCUGAAGCCAAAAUUAUUCAAGAAAUUGUACAAAAGGUUUUCACUGAGUUGAAUAAAAUAAUCUACACAUCUGAUGGCUUAGUUGGGAUGGACUCUCACCUGAAUGAACUGUUUUCCUACUUAGACAUUGGGUGUCUCGAUGUUCGUAUCAUAGGGAUUUGUGGGAUGGGUGGUAUCGGAAAAACCACUAUUGCACAAGUGGUUUUUGAAAGGCUAAGAGCUCAGUUUGAAGGUGAUAGCUUUCUUGAGAAUGUUAAACAGGAAACUGAAAUGAAGCAAGGUAGUACAAUUCAUUUACAAGAGAAACUUCUCUUGAACUUGCUGAAUAGUAAUGUCAAUGUACAGAACACUAAAAUGGGAAAAGACAUAAUUAAGCAUAGACUAUCUACUAAGAGGGUGCUUAUUGUUCUUGAUGAUGUGGAUCAAGUUAAACAAUUGGAAACACUGUGUGAUCGUACUUGGUUUGGUCCUGGGAGUAGAAUCAUCAUAACAUCCAGAGAUGAACACUUGAUCAGUGCAUUUGGAGCAGACGAAGUAUACAAGGUAAAUGCAUUAGCUGAUCCUGAAGCUUUUGAGCUCUUUCGUUUGAAAGCCUUCAAAGAAGAUGAGGUUGGAGAAGAUUUUCUCAAGCUAUCCAAGGAAUUUUUGAAAUAUGCUAAUGGCCUUCCAUUAGCUAUUAAAAUUUUGGGAUCGUCUGUUCGCGGUAGAAGUGUAAAGUUAUGGUCAAGUUCAUUGAAUAGACUUAAAAAAAGUCAUUAG